AUGCCCUGGACCAGACCACAGGUGGACCUUCAUGCCGGGGGAGCAGAGGCCAUGGACCACUACAGCGCAGACGACCACCACUACGAGGGCUCCCUGUUCCCCACCUCCACCCUCAUCCCCGUCACCGUCAUCUGCAUCCUCAUCUUCAUCGUCGGGGUGACGGGCAACACCAUGACCAUCCUCAUCAUCCAGCACUUCAAGGACAUGAAGACCACCACCAACCUCUACCUGUCCAGCAUGGCAGUGUCCGACCUCAUCAUCUUCCUCUGCCUGCCCUUUGACCUCUAUCGCCUGUGGAAGUAUGUGCCCUGGCUGUUUGGGGAGGCCGUGUGCCGCUUCUACCACUACAUAUUCGAGGGCUGCACCUCGGCCACCAUCCUCCACAUCACGGCCCUGAGCAUUGAGCGCUACCUGGCCAUCAGCUUCCCCCUCAGGAGCAAGGUGGUGGUGACCAGACGCAGGGUGCAGUACAUCAUCCUCGCCCUGUGGGGUUUCGCCCUGGUUUCUGCAGCUCCCACGCUCUUCCUGGUCGGGGUGGAGUAUGACAAUGAUACACACCCGGACUACAACACGGGGCAGUGCAAGCACACCAACUACGCCAUCAGCUCCGGACAGCUGCACAUCAUGCUCUGGGUGUCCACCACCUACUUCUUCUGCCCGAUGCUCUGCCUCAUCUUCCUCUACGGCUCCAUCGGGUGCAAGUUGUGGAAAAGCAAAAAUGACCUGCAAGGCCCCUGCGCUCUGGCCCGGGAGAGGUCCCACAGGCAAACAGUCAAGAUACUGGUGGUGGUGGUCCUGGCCUUCAUCAUCUGCUGGCUCCCAUACCACAUCGGCAGGAACCUGUUCGCCCAGGUGGACGACUACGAAACGGCCAUGCUGAGCCAGAAGUUCAACAUGGCCUCCAUGGUGCUCUGCUACCUCAGCGCCUCCAUCAACCCGGUCGUCUACAACCUCAUGUCCCGGAAGUACAGGGCUGCAGCCAAGCGCCUCUUCCUGCUGCACCAGCGGCCCAGACAAGCCCACCGUGGCCAGAGACAGCUCUGUGUGACAGACCACAUCUCCACCCUGAAUGAGAGCCUGACCGGGGUCUGA